GCCAUAUGUGUUGUUUACGGGUACUUUACGGUAGACCUACGGUACGUACAUUUUCAACCGGAACGUAAUUUUGACGAUUGAGCGGUAUUGUACUACCAACUGUACAGGAAAUCGGCCAUACUUCAUUUUCUUAGGCCAGGGAGCGGUUAUUUUACUAUGUCUUACAGACCUCCCUAUGGCUCCCAGCCUUCAGGGAACUAUCGUGUACCACCAGGACCUGGUGGAAUGACCAAUAUCCAGGGACAGUUCGCAAUGGGUACACCUCAGCAGCAACAGCAGCAGAGCUUUCAUAUGAUGCACCAACAACAGCCACCUCAGCAACAUCAACCACAGGGACAGACUGGGGGAAUGGCUCCCCACAUGUAUCAUAGUCAGCCUGUUGCAGGAAUUUACCCAACACCUGGAUAUGGUCAGAUGGUAAUGCAGCAAGGUCCAUUCAUUGGUCAAGCAGGGGUAAUCCAGCCAGGUAUGAUGACUAGAGGAGUUGGUCAGCAAGCAGGGAUCAUACCUGGCAUUGGUCAGCAGAAUAUCCAGACUCAGCAGAAUAUGACACCAGAACAACUCAAGAAAUAUGCAGAAAAACAAAAGAAGAUGUUGGAGGAACAGAAAAAGAAAGAGGAGCAAGAGAGGAAGGAUCGUUUUCGAGAAGAACAGAAGAGAAAGUUGAAGGAGUUCUCUUCUGGUGGGAGGUCUUCUAUGGGAUCCAAGAGCCUUGACAUGGGAGACCUCUUAUCUAAGAGCUUAAUGACACCACAAACUCAACAGAAUCCGAGCAUGGUCCAAGCACCAGGAAUACAUUAUCAACAUGGCAUGCCUGUGCAAUCGGUUGGUUUUAUUCCACAAGGUCAUCAUCCUGGAAUGCAGGGUGUGGUUUUAGGUGCUAGGCAACCACAGAAUCCUCCAGCUGGUGCUACACCCACCGUGAUUCAUUCUCAAAGUAUGGAUGAUGGAUUCAGUGGAUUUCAGAAGGCUGCACCAUUGACAUCUAGCGGGGGUCAAACUAAAGAAGAUGACUUUGGGGAGUUUCUCCAUGCCCCUUCAAAUUCAGAGUCUGUUGUACAUCCUGUAACUGAACUGAAAGUGGAGCCUGGGUCACAAGCCCUACCAUCAGAAGGUGAUGAUGAUAGCUUUGGAGACUUCCUCGGAGGAGGGCCUGGUGCCCCUCAGAGUGCCCCUCAGAGUGACUCAGACACACAGAAGCAAGACCAUGAUAAGAAACAAGUAGAAGAGAAUCCAUUCUCUGAUCCAAAGGCUGAUCCAAAGGCCAUGGGGUCAUCCUUAGAGAACAUGAUGAAGCAGUCUACAGAUCUCUCUGAAUCCCAGAAACAGCGUAAACGAUUCAACCAGAAACCAUCACUAAAUGAAGUCAAGGAUCAUACAACCAUCCAGCAUAAGUCGGUUAGUACCUUCACACCAAGUAACAAGUCUAGGUUAUGGCAGCGGGAGAGUGAAGACUUGACCACACUCUUCACCCUUCCCUCUGCAGCCCAAGGAGGGCAGCAGAAUCCCAUAACCGCUGUCCAAGGAGGAAUGGGCCAAAGUGAUGUUGGGCAGCCUGUAACAUUGCCUGCAUUCCAGCAACAUCAAAAUCCUGGUCAACUUCCAAACUGGCUUCAGAAUGAGUCCUCAUUGCCAAUGGUCUAUCAUCAAGUCCUCGAGGCAUCUACCAAUGAUGGAGCCAUACAAACCAACCUUCUAUACCCUAUACUCCUUCUCUCUGGACUGGACCGUCCUUUGCUUGGUCAUAUCUGGUCAAUGGUCAACUACGCACUUCCUGGUCAGCUGGUGGCUCAAGAGCUUUACAUGGGAUUGGCUCUUAUUGCUCAUGCUCAGAGAGGCCAGGAGGUAUCUAUUGCAGCUCUGUGCAGCCUACCAGAAGCACCUAUCCCCCAGCUCAACCCCACUGCUGCCCAACAACCUGCUUCUCAUCAGCCACCAUCAACACAACCCCACCAAGAAGGCACAAAGAUUGAUGAGGAGGAGGAGGAGGACUUUGCUCCAUUCCAGGAAGCCCCAAAGACUGCUGCUGUCACCAUUCCUAGGGUACCAAGCGUCCUUCCUUCAAUCAGCAAAUUUACAGAGAGCAGUUCUAAAGCAGGAAAGAAACCUGCUACAACCCUGACAUCUCUUGUCAUUCCAUCCUCGUCAGCUUCUAACAAAACUUCAUCAUCACCAGCCUACAUGCAAGAGGAGAAUUGCUACAUCUUUGCCAAUUCUCCCGCCCCAUCAAGUGGGCGGAGCUCCCCCUUUAUCUGGGACCAGAACACGAUAUACGACAAGUUGACCACGCGUUCCUACGACUCUGCUUCCUCAAGUUCUCUCUCAGAUCACACACCUACUGAAGGUGAUGAUGAUGAGUCCUUUGAUGAUUUCAAGUCUCCUCCUGACAGUGGACCAGCUGAGUCAGAGCUUGAUCCAUCCCCAAUACCAGCCCUGCCUGGUCCAGGUCUAUCAGCUGGUCUUACAAGUCAGGUAAAACCUUCUGCAGGAGCUAGUCAUGUACCAGUAUUAGUUCCACCCAAAGGAAUGUCUACUGAAACCUUUGCUGCGAUUCCUCCCCCGCCGCAUGGAACAAGACCUGGAAGUAGUGCUGUGAGACCCUUUGGAUCAGAGGAGCAACUCAGGACAAGCACUGAUGACUUUGGAGAAUUUGGAGAUUUCAAGGCAGCUGGCGAGCUAUUAAACUCUGCACUCGGUCAGAAAAGAAAAGAUGAUUGGGGAUCAUUUGCUGGACAACAGUUUAAACACUCUGCAUCGGAAUCAAACCUUCAAGAAAUGGAUGAUCGCUAUGCGGCUCUGCGAGAUAUGGGAGGUUCGCUCUUUGAUUCAGAACCCUUGACUGUAAACCAGCCUGCCAUGGGUCCGGCCAUGGGUCCGGCUGGGACUGAGGAUGACGAGUUUGCAGAUUUCCAGCAAGCAGGAGCCCUUCCUGUAUCAUCUUCUCUUGUAGGAGGCACUACAGGCAUUAAUAUUCCAGGAAAUCAAGGGAGAUUGUUUGAUUCUGUACCAAUCACUGAUCAACCCCAUCAGCCUAGUCUUGGCUUUGCUGCUUUUUCUCCUCCCAAGGAAGGAUCUGACUGGGCACAGACAGAAAAGCAAGUCAAAGAUGUUAAAGCAUCAAGUCCUCAUGAGGAGGAAUUUGAAGGCUUUUUCAGUUCAAGAACCAGUGAGUCCAAUAAAGAUGUCAAAAAGCAUGCUGAUGUAGCCGUGAAUGAUUCCGAUGAUCAGUAUAGCUCCUUGGCAGGACUUCACUCCUUUGUUACAGAUAAAGAUGAUGAACUUAAAGACUCUUUCUUUGGAGAUUUUCAGGCAAUUUCAAAGCCUCAGACAUCAAGCUCUUCUGCUUCUGCUUCCGGAUCAUCCAGCAAGAUCUCUGUGGUCCCACCCAGUAAGAUCUCUGUGGUCCAACCAACCUCUGGAAUAACUUUGUUUCGCCUCACCCCUCCUCCUAUGACAUCAUCCCCACCCACUAGUGAAGAUGCUCCAGAUGAUGAUCGCUUCAGUGUGCUUAGAGACCUUUCAGCUGUGGAUCCCUUUGAUGAUGUGGGCACCACUCCAGGAAUGGAUGGCACAGGAGCAGACUACUAUGAUACACAGUUUAAUACAGUAGUGCCACUGAAAGUAUCACCUAAAGCAGGAUUACAUUUGGAUGAUUUGAACAGUGGUGACCUUUCCCGGACUAGCCCCCAUAAAUUGGAACUGACUCUGGACACCCCAAGCACAACCACGAGUAAGACAUUUCCGAUCGGGUCAAUCAAUGAGCUAGAUUUGAAGAACUAUGACCUGAACCUGACAGUGGAUUCCAAUACAACCUCUAAAGGAAGUAAUGAUGACAUCAGAGAGAGGGUCAACUCAUUUGGGGAUUUCACUUCAGCCAGCAGUUCUGAACAUACUCCUUCUGCAAAAGAUGAUUCUACACGUUUAGUUCCAGCAAGUGGGUACCCUCCCCCUGCUCCAGUCCAGAGUGAAACAUCCUUCUUUGGGGAUAGAUACUCACAAGUAGCAGGGGACUCUUCUGAUGAAGGCCGACAUGCAUCUGAAUGGGAGAAGUGUCUUACCAAGUGUCAUGAGGUGAUGAGCAAAGCAAACUCUGUCUUCAACAACAUCAGUAGCUCUUCAGUUUGCAAUGAGGUUAUUGGAUCCUCUGCAGGUGUAGAUUAUUUGACAGGUGUCAUAGAGGUGUACAGAGUUGCUUGUAGAAUAAUAACAUCCAUCCAAGGCUUGGGCAUUGACAACGAUGUGUUGGGUACAUUGGAGAAGGACAUUAACAAGAUCUGGCAUAAUCUUACUGCGUUUCUGCAACUUAGUUCAUUAAAGCCCACUGAGGGUUCCUUUGUGUUCAAGACAGCAAUGUUAAGACCAGAGCCCAGCAAUACCCCCCAGGCAUGUGGAGUGUGCCUUCUGAAUGUAGACUCUAGGAGUAAAGCUUUUGAUAGAUCAGAGGACAGCCACAAGCUUAGCUAUGGAGGAAGACAGUACCAUGCAACAUGUGCUAACCUUUGGGUCAAUAUGGUAGAUUCGAUCUUACCUGCUCUACCAUUGAACACUUUACUUUGAAUGGGGAGUGGAAAGAGUUAGACCAUUCAACUCACAUCAUCGUAUAGGACAACAUCCAUUGAACACUUUACUUUGAAUUAGGAGAGGAAAGAGAUAUACCACUCAACUCACAUCAUCGUUUAUGACAACACCGAACAUUCUACUUGGUAUAUAUGGAUUCCACCAUUAGUUACAGGUUUGUUGCUAGUUAGUGAUGAAUAAGGGUUUGUUUAAACAUGGUUCGGAUACAAUGACAUUAGGUAAAUCUAAACAUUACCUUAUUCCUAUGAAUCUGUUAUGCAUUUAGUCAAUCGAAGGAAUGCAUCAAAUACAAAUGUUUGGACCCUCUAGUUUAUGUUAAUAUUCUUUAUUGCAAUAUAGAGGGUUCUCAUGUGACUGUGUCUACUUCUCAGUGUUCAUGUUGAAGGACAGGAACAUCUAGAGGAGAUGAAAUAAAGUAGUUGUGCACCCACAACAAGGACCCCUUUAUGUAAUUACUUUUAUGUUACUGAGAACCCUAUUUUACAGGUAACCAUUGCAUUCUGGGAUCAGCAACUAAUUCUUGCAUUGAUAUCUUCUCUUAAGGUGCUUGACUUCAGGAACUUCCAUCACCGAAUUCAUUAUUUGAUUUGCAAACUUUUGUAGGGAAUGGAUGUAAAUUUUAAGUUAGAAAGAAAUAAUUAACUAAUGCAGUGUCGUGGAAUGUUAAAUGUUAUUAACAAUGUAGACAAAGCAGGCUUAAUAUGCAGAUGAGGCAAUGAUUACAAUUGUUAUGAAUAGUAUGCUACUUAUAAGAAAGACUUGCUUCAUUUCCAUACAUUAAUGUAUGUGCAUUGUGCUAAUUCUUGAGCCAAUUAUGUGGCUAUGAUGCAUUUAAAUUUGUGUAUACUUGUGCUUAAAGAUAAAGGUGAGUUCUGGUUAUCCGAUUGCAUUGUGAAAGAAAAGGUGUGGAAUGGAUCAGAAAACGUUGAUCAUGUAGCAUGUAAGUAUUGGUGUGUACUGUGAAGGUUCUGGAGUCAUCAAAAUCAUAAUAAAUUUGACCGAGUCUUGGUAAAGUAACAAGCACUGUAGACAGAAAGAUGUAUAUGGGACAACACAAAUGGUGUCGGGGCUUCUUACCUUGAUUUCCUUAUCUUUCUAUGCUCAUUACUCAGCCAGUAUACAUUUUCUACCAAAAUUGUUUGGCAAAUAACAUUUAUUUGUAAUCUUGAACAUUCAGCGUAAGUUUCGUUUGAUUCUGUGAGAAUUCAUUUUCUUUCUUUUUUUAACCCAAACUCACCUUUAUCUUUAAUAUCAAAUUUUGAUAAUAAAUCAAGUAUUAAGUAUCAGAUAGGGCAAUGGAAAAGGUAUGCCAUUUUUAGGCUCAUUUUAGCAAUCGUAUAUAAAUAAUGUAGUAGUAUUAAUAAUAAAGGGCUGUACAUAUUUUUUCUGUAUGUUACUGAGGACUGAGCAGAAAUGAAGCUUAACAUGAUCAUUAUUUGUUGUAUGUUAAUAGGUGGAAUUCUCUUUAAACCAGCACCAGUACUCUUUUGUUAUUUUGAUUAGCUCCAAAAUCAAUGCAUUUUUAGCUCCCCUAAGCCAUAGGCUAAGGUGAACUGUUGCAAUCCCUUUUUGUCCGUCCAUAAACUUUUUACAUUUUCAACUUCUUCUCAAAGGGACAUGGCUGGAUUUUUACCAAACUUAGUGGGAAUCAUCCUUCGGCAAGGGAGAUCUAAAAUUGUUCUAAAAUUGUUCAAAACGGAACCUGAGGGCAGUGUCCCCUCAGUUCCUCAGUGGCAGUAAUUGCACAUUUUCUUCUUCUUGAAAACUCAUGGCUAGAUUCUAACCAAAAUUUGUAGGAGUCACCUGCAAGAAAGGGAGAUCUAAAGUUGUUCAAAUGGGGUAUAUGUCCCACAAGGGAGCUUGGGGGCUGUAUCCCCCAGAGUGCUAUCCCUAUGGCAAUAGUUAGACAUUUCCGGUUAUGCCAAAUAGAUUCACAAACACACAGCCUCUCCAACAAGGCUUAGCAACUAAUUUGUUGUUUUCUUUGAAGGACAGGGGAGCAUUGAACAAUGAUAUGCUGCAUAGACAUCUACAUCCAUAGACUUGUGUAUUAUAAUAAAUCAUUUAGAAUGUGUGAACAAUUCUGUUCUAAUACUAUAGCAUUGGGCACUCUUGUAGGUUAUUUUUACAUAAUGUGAAAAAUUAUUUGGAUGAGAGAACAAAUUUAAGUCAAAAUUCAUUUUUCCUGCUAACUGCUAAGUAGUAGUGGUAAGGGGUUGGAGAGGCUGUCUGUUAGUGAUUGUAUGUCCACCUGUAUGGUGAGUGGUGGAGGUACACACAACCAACGUCUUGUAUGUUAAGAGAUUAAUUGGUAGAGAAGUCACAACUAGGUUGAAUAUCCACUUUGGCUUUUAAUGGAAUUAUUGCUUUAGAUUGUAUGAAUACUAGUUAAAAACUAAAUGAAAUAUUGUGUGCAAUACCUGGUCAAUUUUGUGGAAAUGUGUUACAGUUUUGUAUUGUUUAUGAAAGCACAUGUGAUUAAAGAGCAAACAUAGAACUACCUUA